AUGAACGGCGUUGCCAGAAGCCUUUUGAAAUCAGUUACGCCUGGCCGAGCUGCGUGGCUGAGGAGCAGCUCCGCUCGCUCUGGAAAACAGCAUCUUCGGAAACUAGUUCUGGGAAUAGAGACAAGCUGUGAUGACACCGGCGCUGCGGUAGUGGACGAUGCCGGCAAUGUUCUGGGGGAAGCGCUGCACUGUCAGGAGGCAGUCCACUUACAAGCAGGUGGAAUAAUUCCUGUGGUGGCACAGCAGCUUCACAGAGAAAACAUCGAACAAGUAGUAGAAGCAGCGCUUAGUGUCAGUGGAGUUUCUGUGCGUGAACUUGCAGCUAUUGCAACUACAGUAAAACCGGGACUGGCACCGAGCCUUGACGUGGGGCUGCGGUACAGCAUGAGCUUGGUGCACAAGCACCAGAAGCCGUUCAUACCCAUCCAUCACAUGGAGGCUCACGCGCUCACCGUCAGGCUGACGCACCACGUUGAAUUUCCCUUCUUAGUUCUUCUGCUCUCUGGAGGCCACUGCAUCUUGGCAGUAGCACAGGGAGUUUCAGAUUUCCUUCUGCUUGGGCAGUCCAUUGAUAUAGCACCGGGUGACAUGCUGGAUAAGGUAGCAAGAAGACUCUCUUUAAGAAGUCACCCAGAGUGCCACAGCAUGUCUGGGGGGAAGGCGAUCGAGCACUUGGCUCAAACUGGAAACCGGCAGCAGCACACCUUCAGGCUUCCCAUGCAGCAGUAUCGUAACUGUGACUUCUCUUUUUCUGGACUUCAGAACCUUGUCAAUAAAGCCAUUAUACAAAAAGAAAAAGAAGAAGGUAUUCAAGAAGGUGAGAUCCUGUCCUGUGUGAAGGAUAUCGCUGCUGCGGUACAGCACGCAGUGGCUCUUCAUAUUAUCCAGCGGACUUAUCGAGCCAUGCUGUUCUGCAUAAAAAAUAGCAUAUUGCCAUCAAAAAAUGCAACUUUGGUUGUAUCAGGAGGAGUUGCAAGUAAUAAGUAUAUCCGAAAAGGUCUACAGACUUUGGCAGAUGCAAAUGAUUUUGCUUUUCUGUGUCCUCCUCCAAGACUCUGCACUGAUAAUGGUGUUAUGAUUGCAUGGAACGGCAUCGAAAGGUUACGUGCAGGACUUGGUGUUCUACAUAGCACUGACGGCCUCCGCUACGAACCGAAAGCUCCCCUUGGAAUUGAUAUUUCAAAAAGAGUUGAAGAAGAUUCCAUCAAGUUGCCAAAACUAAAAAAGAAGAUACGAUGGCUGGCAUCUUAA